UUUACGAGUUGUCGGUCCUGAGAGGUCCGAGUGAUACACACUUCGGUGAUGGAUGACCUGGGAUGUCCUAGAUGUAAAACUACGAAAUAUCGGAACCCUUCUCUUAAACUUCUAGUAAACAUAUGUGGCCAUUCACUAUGUGAGAGCUGUGUGGAUUUAUUGUUCAUCAAAGGUUCGGGAGCCUGUCCAGAAUGUGGUACUGCCUUACGCAGAAACAACUUUCGACUUCAACUAUUUGAGGAUGCCUACAUUGAGAAAGAAGUAGAGAUAAGAAAGAAAUUGUCCAGAGACUUUAACAAGAAAGAAGAUGACUUUGAUUCACUCAACGAAUACAAUGAUUACCUGGAGAUGAUAGAAACAAUUGUGUUCAACCUUUCAAAUAAUGAAGAGGUGGAAAAUACAAAGAAGAUGAUAGAACAGUACAGGAGGGAGAAUAAAGACCAAAUCCUGAAGAACAAAACCAAAUUGGGUCGUGAUGAAGAAUAUUUAGAGAUGCUGAUAGAGCAAGAAAAACAGUCAGAAGAGGUCAGGAAACAUCUGUUUGAAGAAGAAGCCAAAAUGGACAAAAAGAUCCUAAAGAAGAAAAAUAAGGAAGCCCUUUUAGAUGAGCUGGAAUUUUCGGACUUGCCUGCCUCCCGUAUCAUGGCCACACACAAAGCUGAAAUUGAACAACAGGAGGAGGAGGAGGCUGUCUCUAGCAUCCCGCUGCAAGUUGCAACCAAAUUCUCAACAGGCAUUCGGCUGGGAAUGUCGAGUACAGAUAACGAGCCUGCACCUGAACAGAAAGUGGAGAUGUACCGCUAUAGCCCAAUGGAAUUAGUUAUGUGUGGUCCUGAGCCACCCUCAGAGGAACGCAUCUUUCAGGAAGGGUAUCUAAGAAAUGUGAGAGAAACAUCAAGUCAGGAAAAAGGAGGAGGCUAUGAAAGUAGAAUGGCAUGUCAGCGAGCUUUGAUGGAUGCCAUGUGCGGACUGUUUUUCUUCCCAUGUGAAUCACAAACAUUCCAUAAGAAUCCACAAUAGGGUUACACUUGAAAGAAGUCUGUCUGUUACAGUGUAUGUAUGCAUAUGUGUGAGUGUGAUGUAUGUGUGGCUAAUUUGAUGUAUGUGUGGUUAAUGUUUGUUAAAAGGUACAACUGGUGCUAGUUUCUUAGAAGUGUUAUCAGUUUUGGAUGAAAUAAGCUGAAGAAUGAUCAUGAAGAAUAUUUCUUUGCUUUGCUUUUAUCAGUGGUGAGCAUCCAGGCAAGAGGAAACACAAUUACAAUCUUACAUUUAUACAAGUCUUCACUUAAAAAUUCUGUAAAAAUUACAGAAAUUCAAAACUGAAUCUUAAUAUAACUUAUUAUUUUUUCCUAAUAGAGCUAGUUCUGUAUACUGACACACCACUUAUAAACCUGAAUGUUGAUACUAUAUAAGGAACUGACAAGAGAGGCGGGACUGUGUGUUUGAUACUAUAUAAGGAACUGACAAGAGAGGCGGGACUGUGUGUUUGAUACUAUAUAAGGAACUGACAAGAGAGGCGGGACUGUGUGUUUGAUACUAUAUAAGGAACUGACAAGAGAGGCGGGACUGUGUGUUUGAUACUAUAUAAGGAACUGACAAGAGAGGCGGGACUGUGUGUUUGAUACUAUAUAAGGAACUGACAAGAGAGGCGGGACUGUGUGUUUGAUACUAUAUAAGGAACUGACAAGAGAGGCGGGACUGUGUGUUUGAUACUAUAUAAGGAACUGACAAGAGAGGCGGGACUGUGUGUUUGAUACUAUAUAAGGAACUGACAAGAGAGGCGGGACUGUGUGUUUGAUACUAUAUAAGGAACUGACAAGAGAGGCGGGACUGUGUGUAGGAGAGUGGUUAUGAAUACUAUUGUUUUGAUAAUACUGUGGUUAAUAGUGCAAUCUUACCAUGCAAAAAUAAAAGUGAAAUCAAGUAUA